GCAGGAGUGCAGUCCAGGGGUGCACACUUCAACAUAAAUGGAGUUACUUUUGGAUACACCUAUCCGUACAAAUCCUGCUUUAUGGAUGCAUAUGGAAAUAUUUUUGCGGAAUCUGCGUUACUGAUCUCAGUGCCUUCAGGUGAACAGGUGCGCAAAACUUAUUUUAUAUUACGAAGAAACAAGAAAAGUUCGAGCAUGGAUAUGGAAAACACUGGAUUUAGACAACUUUAUACAACUUUAUUUAAAACGGAUUUUUGACUCAAGAACAUCAAACUGCCUAAGAUCUAGAUUAUAAAAAUGAGAUAAUAACCACGACAAUAACUGAAGUAGUACACAGAAACUUCCACAUGGAUCUCAGUGGGAAAAUAUAUGCGUGAUAUAAAAUAUAUGUAUUAGAAAGUAAAAGCAUCAUUUUAUGUGAUGGAGCGCUUUAUCAAUCUUCGAAUGUUUCUGAGGAUUUCUCUUCUCGGUAUUAUCCUAUGUGAGUCAGUUUCUUGUUGUGAAAAGACUCACUCACAUGCUGAAGAUGAGCUUUUCAAAAAGCUCUUUGAGGGCUACAACAAGUGGUCAAGACCUGUGCCGAACACCUCUGAUGUGGUCAUUGUCAAGUUUGGUUUAUCAAUCGCCCAGCUGAUUGAUGUGGAUGAGAAGAAUCAAAUGAUGACAACAAACGUCUGGCUAAAGCAGGAGUGGAAUGACUAUAAACUACGAUGGAAACCUUCAGAUUAUGACAAUGUGACUUCUAUUAGGGUACCAUCAGAACUUAUUUGGGUCCCGGAUAUAGUUUUGUACAACAAUGCAGAUGGUGAGUUUGCAGUGACCCACAUGACCAAAGCCCACCUCUUCUACACAGGUAAAGUGCGCUGGGUUCCACCUGCCAUCUACAAGAGCUCAUGCAGCAUCGAUGUCACCUUCUUCCCCUUUGACCAGCAGAACUGCAAGAUGAAGUUCGGCUCGUGGACUUAUGACAAAGCCAAGAUCGACCUGGAGCGCAUUGAGAACACGGUUGACUUGAAAGAUUACUGGGAGAGCGGCGAGUGGGCCAUCAUCAACGCCGUCGGAACCUACAACACCAAAAAAUACGACUGCUGCCACGAGAUCUACCCAGACAUCACCUACUUCUUCAUCAUCCGCCGUCUGCCUCUCUUCUACACCAUCAACCUCAUAAUUCCCUGCCUGCUGAUCUCCUGCCUGACCGUGCUGGUUUUCUACCUGCCAUCAGAGUGUGGGGAGAAGAUCACGCUGUGCAUCUCCGUUCUUCUGUCCCUCACUGUCUUCCUGCUACUUAUAACAGAAAUAAUCCCUUCUACCUCGCUGGUCAUCCCACUCAUUGGAGAAUAUCUGCUCUUCACCAUGAUCUUUGUCACCUUGUCCAUUGUAAUCACCGUUUUUGUGCUGAACGUGCAUCACAGGUCGCCCAGCACUCAUAAGAUGCCACGUUGGGUGCACUCUGUCUUCUUGGAUUUGAUCCCAAGGUGGCUGUUUAUGCGCAGACCUGCGCCCGACAGCCGUCGCAGGCAGAGACUUCUCCUUCUGCAGCAGCAGGGGCGAGGAGUGACAUCACGGGUGCUCGGGGCGGCCACCGGCCCGCUUAGCACAUCUUCUAGCUGGUUUAGCAGUAGGGAGAACUUUGGUGAGGAGGAGUCACGCAGGCGCUGCUGUUACAGAGAUGUAGAACUGGGUACGCUGGCCUCGGCUAUCUCUCUUUCGUUACACCCCCCCUCGCCCUGUCCUCUCAACUCAGCUCCACCUACUUUACAGAAAUAUGGCCCCUCCCCUAGAAUGGAAGUGGGUGUGGCUUCAAGGCAGGUCGGUGGUAGAGCUAAUGUCACGAAGCGACCUGACAACGUGACGUCAGACAACCAAGGGUUUCCUCUCUCCCCGAGUGUCCUGCAAGCUCUGGAGGGAGUUCACUACAUAGCAGACCACCUGAGGGCAGAAGAUGCUGACUUCAGUGUAAAGGAGGACUGGAAGUACGUUGCUAUGGUAAUAGACAGAAUCUUUCUAUGGAUGUUCAUCAUAGUAUGUUUAUUGGGCACAAUCGGACUCUUUCUCCCACCCUGGCUUGCAGGCAUGAUCUAGAACCAACAAAUACUCAUAUAAGGAAGAAAUGGGGACAAAAAGUCUCUCUUAGUAGUGAGCAAACAUCACUCAAAAAGUGGCAGGCAUUCCCCAGCAUAGAAUAAGAUGCAUGUUCGAGAUCAGGAACGUGGCGGUGAAUGUCUGAUAGUUUUCUUAGGACAGAAAUUUAGAGGUGAGUGACUUUCAUCUCACCUCUGGGGUUUAAAGAAGCUUGUCUGUGAAAAUGCUUGUAUUCGAAUGUAUAACCUUAAAAAGUUUUGUCAAAAUUAAAAGUGCCAAUUGAAGUUUACUUGAUAUCUGACAAGUGAAAUAUUUAUAAUAGACAAGCUAUUUCCCUUUUCUCUUUAUAUUAUUCUUUACAUAUUGUGCACAGGUAGAAUAUGUGUGUCUGCACGCGUACACAAAAUUGGACUCGUUUUAAAAACCAAAUAGUGGCAAUAUUUAAUAUCUUCAGUACUAUAAUCUUCAUAAGUCAGUCAGAUCAUGUUUUUGAUUGUUAUAAUCUCUAAAGCGGACAUUUUAAAAGACGUUUUAAAGAUGUAAAAUAAAUCUGCUUAAUAAAAUUGGUAUCCCCAGAGCAGAGUUGUAUAGUACUUAAGUAUUUUUACUUUCUACAUA